GUCGGUAACAAAAAAAGCUGACAAGAAAACUCUGCUGGUGAAUCUCCAAAGCCGCCCACUUUUAUCAUUAUCAUUAUUAUUUUCCUCCUCCCACUAUACUCACCCUGCUGUCUCUUGCCCGUUCGCGAUAAAGGUUACAUUGCAUGAACAUAUUCGACCGAAUUCGUUAUAGGCAGCCCGGCCAGCUGAGUGGCCUUGGGGGUAGCACGAACAGGGGGCGCAGCACACGAGAAGGGGUUCCAUUCAGAAUGAUAUGCUGCUUCUUUUACUGACAAGGAACAUGGUCUAGAGUGCUGACCACCUUCUUUCCUGCUCUAUUGGGCUGACGCUGGACGUAUCUGUCCGUCCUCUUAUGAGUAACUCUCCACCCCCAAGACAUGCACUGCCGGGCUCAUCUCGUUUUCAAACGGGGCCAGCCCUACUCCUUCUCGUUUUUGAGACAAGAGACACGCGAUUUUUCAAUCCUCUUGGCCCCGGUUGCUUGUUUUUACUUGCCUACCGUCGUCUUUAGCCUGUCAAUAAUAACUCUACUUGCUACUCACUACUUGAUACUAUUUUAUUUAUCAAAUAAAUGUUUCCUCUCGUCACCUAUUCUGUUUAAUCGACUAGCUGGUCUCGUUUAAAGUCUGGUUCAGGCCAGGCUUCCUCUCUCGAGUGACUCCCAUGGCCGCAGCUCCAGGGCAUGGACCUGUGAUUUCCAGUUCUCACGAGGGCUCAAGCUCUCGGUUCCUAGGAUGUUUUCUCAUAUUACUUACCUUGUUGGCUCUUGUGACCGACUCGGCUGCUGUCUCAAUCAAUAACCACAUCACAACGCCAUACAGCUCAACAGAGGCGGCAGUGAACCGCCGCCCCCCAUCAAAUGUGCAAAUCAGAUCGAACAGCCCACGAGGCUCUCAAACCCUAGGGGCUCCCAGAGGAGCUCCUGCCAUCAGAUCGAGGGGCACCCCCGUCAUAAAUAAACGUGCAACACCCUCGAUUCCAUCGCCAACCGCACAGGUUACCUCUGGGCCCGGCAGCUCACCUAUUCACUGCCCAGCCGACAACCUCACCGUCUUCACCGAGCCUUCGGCAUCCAAGCGCUACGUCAUUUUGUGUGGUCGUGACUACCACUCGUCUCUCGGCGCGAUAGAUUUGUACAAUGUAGCAGCGAAGUCACUCAACGAUUGCAUCGAGGUGUGCGCAAAGGAUAACACUGGAUGCUCGUCAGUGGGCUGGGGGUAUAUGGACGAUGAAUUAGGCUUCAGAUGCUUUCUCAAGAGCUCCAUCGGGGAACCUCACGACUCUGCAAGUUGGAUGUUUGCGGUCGAGGACCCCAGCCAGCCGGGAAACCCCAUCCCGCCCGCAAGCCCGGGGCUGAGUGCAGACGCAAAGGCUGGAAUUGGUGUCGGAGCCGCGGCCGCCGUUGUACUCGUGGGUGUCGGUAUCCUCGCCUUUUGGUACUACCGACAGCGCAAAUAUAUUGCCGAAAAGAGUCUGGGACAAGCCAAGGACCUGUCGGAGAGCUCUAGCAGCAUCGGAUACGGUUCGCACAGGACACAUUCACCCGCACCACCGUCUUUUCAGCGAUCCCUACACCAACUGCCAGCAGGCGAAUGCCUUGAGCUUCCAGGUAGUUCUGUCAAUGUCGGCCUGGCUCCCGGUAGUCCGGCUCAUGAUGACGAUGCUCCAAGUCGAGGUGUGGCGCAGUAUCUUGUGAGGCAGCAACGGCGUAUCCUGGACAACUGUCGCCCAGCAAGACCUGAAGACGACCCAAAAACUGGAUUGACAAGCAUUGAUACAAGCAACUUGCAAUGGGGAACAACGCAUACCCGCAGCCCCGACGGAACCCUGGCUCCCAUGAGCGCAAUGACGGGCCACGGAAGCUUUGCUGCAACGCCAUGGAGCGCAACGCAGUCCAGUCCGGCCUCGGAGCUCCCUGUGGUUCGUGGAGGCCCGAAUGGCUAUGGGCCAGAGUAUGAGAUGGCCUCGGACGUCACGAUGGCGACCGGCAGGCCGGAGCGAGCGGCAGACAAAUUUUUACUGUCUUACAUGGUUCUGUUCAAGAAGCAGCUUGUUUCGGAGAAGGCUGCGGAUGGAUAGACAUGAGAUGUCCCGAUUUGGAUAGCAUGAUAUUGGCGAUUUUCACAUGUUUUGAUAGAUUUUAAUUUGAUCUUUCUUGACCAAAAUUGAAGCAAGCUUCACUCGGAGCCGCCGGCAGCAUUUCUCAUACCAGUACCCAGGUAAUUACUUCGUAGCAGUUCCAGACCAAGUAUUACUCGAGUUUCCUCC